AUGGCUGACAGCCUAAAUUACCUCCGAUCCAAACACGGUUGGGCGCAAACAAAUCGUUUUGUGCUAAGAUGGUUCAAUUUAAACGAGGCGCCCAAAGCAGCGAGAGAAACGGGCAUGACGAGUACUGUGUCACGGAGGCCGCCUAUCUCCGCAAAGCCGAAGCGCUCACAAAGAGCGGCUUUGAAGACAAAAAGAAGGUCCCUUGCUAUGGGCGUUACCAAGAAAGGUACAGAGAAUGAGAAAGGAUUAGAUGCAGUCCGGAACACAGAAAUGCAAGAACACGCCGCGGUAACUGUGAAUUUAAUUUCAACAAGAGCGGUAAACAGUGAUGAAGAAAUGGAAGAAAUCGGCGAGGACCCAGAGGGGGAAGAACGGGAAGCCGCCGGUGGAGAUGACGAAGAAAACGAAGAUCAGGACCACAGCGAUGUUGAAUCGUUUGAUUUCUUCACAGAAUCGUCCAGCGAGGUGUCAGAAGAGGCAGUUCUGUUACCGAAUAUUUUAAUCCCUUGUACAAGGUGUCAUGAUGUUAUUAACAUAUGUCGCCUGCCAUGUCACCGGAAUUUGCACUGCGCGUUACAAACACUCAAGUACGCACAGGAUCAGAGGCCAAAAAACAUCAGCGCUUUGGUCAGGCGAAGGAAACUAUUGAUAAAACAGCAACAAGAUGCCAGUUCAAAAAGACGACAAGAUCCCUUUGGUGACAAGCAUUUGCAUAAAUUAAACACGGCGUUUGAGUUCCUAAGAACAGAACUUCAAGGAACCACAGAUUUGCGAUAUCUUAGUGAAAGGGUAAUUGAAGGUUGGUGCAAUUCAGUAACAGCUAGAGACACUUUGACAUAAAAUAUCUAUGCAAGGAAACCAACAUCUCAAAUCAUAUGUUUUAUCAUCCGUAAACUUCGGGAGUCGUAAUUUAUCUCGUGAUGAUUAUUACACGCUGUGAGAAAAAGUGACACAAAGAAAAAUCAGACAAGCGUCUUAAAUAUUAUCUUUUCCUAAAAUUGUUAACUAAUUUGUAAAGUAAAUUGAUUCUAAAUUUUAAGUUAAAUCUUCAGAUUUCUUAGUUUAUACGUACAAUACACUGAAUUUAGUUUAAACCAUGACAUUAUGUUUGCGUAAUUAAGAUGAUAAAACAAACUGCUCUUUUGACCUUAGCAUGAUUUUAUUUAGGUAAAAAAUUUAGAAAAUUCUACCAUGCCGAGGUUAAACGUGUUAAUGACAGAUUACGUGUUUACGAGGGAAUAAAAAAAAAACCAAACACUGUCAACUCUUUCAUUAGCACCUUCUUAGGUUUGAUUGAUGCAAAAGAUUGGCAAGAACUUGACAUAAGAUAGUUGUAUAGACAUUUGCCUGUUUGCUCUCUCUAUUCUCGUUUGAGUUCAUUUGCAUUUCAAUGCCUCGAGUGCAACUGAAGUAUUGGCCAUUGUUUUUUGAAUUUGCAGAAAUAAAAGUAACUGGCGAGAGCUUCGAUUUGUCUUGCUCAAUUGCAGCUGGAGUUUGCGAGGAAGCAAAUAAAAGGUGGAAAAACAUGGAGGAUGUGCACAUCCAUAAAGACAACUUUUUGAACAACAUAAAUAGCGCUUUUUUUGCGAUCUAUGACGGGUACAGCGGUAAAACCACUGCACUUAAGUGCAGCCGACAUCUUCACGUGUAUUUGAAAGAGGAGCUUGACUCUAUUGUAACAAAGACAAACACGAGGCCGUCGAAAAAAGAGGUCUCCUCAGCCUUCCGUUCUUCUUUUGCAAAAACUGAGAAGUUGCUACUCAUGUCAGAGGAGGAGCGGUCGCAAAGUAGAUGGAGUGGUUGCUCAGCAGUCACAUGCGUUUUGACAGAUGAUAUGUGUUUUAUCGCAAAUGCCGGGAAUGUGGGCGCUAUUUUGGUAAGAGACAACGAUGUUGUUAAAGUACUCACAAACAAGCACGAUUUGUACAACAAGAAGGAACGCGAGCGUGUGAAGAAGUCAAGCGGGGUCAUAGUGAAGACGGAAAAAUGCGCGCUCAUAAACGGGGCCCUCAGUGUCACAAGGGGCAUUGGGAACAUCGGAGAUAUGGCCUUAAAGAGAUGCAUCAUUAAUGAGCCUGACGUCAGGACUAUAUCCUUAGAUCCUACAGAUCAGCUUCUAGUUUUAGCUUCUAGUGGAUUUUGGAAGAUGUUUUCCUACGAAGAAACUAUUCAUCUUGUCAACGGCUUCUUUGGACAAAUAAGAAGGGAGGCGAAACAAAAGAUUAUUGAAGGAGAAAUAGUUGAUAGAACUGUGUCUGAAAUACACAAUGAACAUCUGUCUAACGCAGAGUACAGAACAAAGCUUUUUUUUAAGAUGGCCGGCGAUCAAUUUAAUAAUACAUCCUCGCCAUCUGUUUUUCCUCCGGACGACGUUGCUGGAGGAUUGGCACACAGUAAAAGCGAAGACAACUUGAGUAACUUGAUAGCACACUACCAAAUUAACCCUUGCGUUGAAACAAACAGAGACACGAGUUCUUUUAACACUAAAGGAGAACCCAUUCAUACAAGUCACAUAACGGAUCCCCCACCUAUCGAUGACGUCAGUUCCAUAUAUACACGUCAUCACCGAUUCUCUUUACCAGAUUUUAAAAUGUUUAAUUGGCUCAAAGGCGGCGAAGUAAAAGGAUUAACAAGACCGGAAAAAGCGCGUCUUCUAGCAAAGAGUUUGGCAGAGAGGCUUGUUAAGAGCGCGUUGUACGCCGAGUCCAUGGACAAUAUCACAGUCUUUGUUGCUCUUUUACCUGGAUUUUCUAUGGUUAAUUGGCAGAUGGUGACACCCGACAUCUUGGAAGCUUUAGACGAGUUUAUGGCUGAUGAUGACCUUUUCGAAUGA